GUGGUUGCCACAGUCAUGAAAUGGAAGACGGUGACAGCCAUCUUCCUUUUGGUGGUUCUGUACUUGGUGAUGGGAGCAGCAGUCUUCAGAUCUCUGGAGCAGCCUCAUGAGAGCGCCCAGCGUUUGGCCAUCCUGUCCCAGAAGCUGGAGUUCCUGUCCAGGCACUCCUGUGUGAACCAGAGCCAGCUGGAGGAACUGGUUAAGCAAGUUGUGUCUGCUAUCCGCUCAGGAGUAAACCCUGCAGGGACACUGAGCAACCACAGCAGCCUGUGGGACCUGAACUCUGCCUUUUUCUUUGCUGGGACUGUCAUCACAACCAUUGGUUUUGGGAACAUCUCUCCCCACACAGAGGGUGGAAGAAUAUUCUGUAUCGUCUAUGCGUUGCUGGGAAUCCCACUGUUCGGCUUUCUUUUGGCUGGAGUAGGAGAUCAGCUCGGCACCAUAUUCGGCAAGGGCAUCGCCAGAGUGGAGAAAAUGUUUGUGCACUGGGACAUCAGUCAGACAAAGAUCCGGGUUAUCUCCACGCUGCUGUUUGUGUUGUUUGGCUGCCUGCUGUUCGUGGCGCUCCCAGCAGCCAUCUUUAAAUACAUCGAGGGUUGGUCCGCGCUGGAGUCCCUUUACUUUGUGGUCAUCACCCUGACUACCAUCGGCUUUGGGGACUUUGUAGCAGGUGGGUCAGAAAUAGAGUACCUAGAUUACUAUAAACCAGUUGUAUGGUUCUGGAUUCUGGUGGGACUGGCCUACUUUGCUGCCAUCCUCAGCAUGAUAGGAGACUGGCUACGAGUCAUCUCCAAGAGGACGAAAGAAGAGGUGGGAGAGAUCCGUGCUCAUGCCGCAGAGUGGACGGCAAAUGUCUCAGCGGAGUUCAAAGAGACUCGUCGACGUGUUAGCGUUGAGAUCUCCGACAAGUUCCAGCGCGCAGCGUCAAUUAAGCGCAAACUGUCCACGGAUCUGGGGUUCAACCCUGAACUCACCCUGUCCAAGAGGACAGUGUCGGUCAAUUUCAACGAUGAGCGGGACAAGAAAGAGAAGGAGGCCGGGCUGCAGGGCUGUCACACUCCUCUGGCCAGAAACGGGGGUUUGAAACUGAACGGUUUGGACCCAGAGAGAGGCGAUAUCUCAAUCAUUGAACACCUCAAGUAGAAAGACGAUGGCCAACACCUUUCUAGAUCCUUCCGAGACCUCUCCAUCUAUCGUCAUCGGUGGCAUCAGUGCUGAGACCAGAGUUGCUCGACCACAUGAACAGUUUCUAUUAAAUCAUGCGAAAAGGACAAUGUGGCACUUUGUGAACCCGAGGAGGGAGACAGGUCCCUCCUCUGUAGGGAGGGAAUACAAGAGUGUGUAUUUUGGACAAUGGGACACUUUCCUCACCUCACCGUCUUCGUUGCAAUACAGAAACAACGAGCAAGAAGAACAAACAGUCCAUGAGUUGAUCUUGUCGAAAACUGCAUUCACUGGCUGUCGAUCAAUUAAGUCCCACGCAGAUCUUGGAAAGGAGAACAGUCGAUAAAACAUUCAUAAUUCCAGUAUUCGGUGACAUUCUUUUGUAUUUUUUUGUGUUUUUUGGCGGCAGAGAGGUCACAUGGGGGGAAAGGUCUCAGACAAAGAUAAGACCAUUAACGGUCCGGUUAAUUCCAAUUUUAGCAGUUGAAAAUAAAUUAAUACAUUUUUAAUCCUAAACUUUUUGCUCAUUAUCACUAUGCCUGCUUUAUCGAGAGGCGCAGAUAAAUUACACGUGACCUCAUCUUCCUGGUUACUGGUAGUAACUGCUACCACACCAUGUCAGUCCUACAGUUCACUUAUUCAAAGUGUAGUCAGUCUUUACUGUAACUGUAGAUCUUUUUGUAAUGUUGUCAUUUUAACAUUUUGGUUUGAUAGACGGAAACGUUACAUACGAUAUUUGCCACUAACUCCUUUCAGUCUCAGAUGAAGAUGCAGAAGUGGUUUCAAGUGGUCUCUCUCUCCGACUCUGAACGGAGAGCACUGAUUGGCUCUGUGAUGAGAUUUUAUCAAACCAUUGUUGUGCCUUAAACCCUUUAUGUUGCCUGCAAGGCCAAACGCAACACACUGUGAGGUGGACCACUGAUUGAACAAGUGUUCGUUUGUCAUAGGUCUCUCACGUGUUAUCAGUAAACUGAGGAAGAUGAGGUGUUUUAUAAGCCUGGUGCUGAUGGGGAAUUCACUCUAAACAAAUCUGAAACAGUUGUUCACACCCAUGAUGUUCAUAUUGAUCAUAUUCAUGAUCCAAUAUUUUCCUAUAAUUAUAAUAUAAUUUGUACGUAAACUGUUGCAGGCUAAACUGUGUUAUUUUUUUAGUGAACUGAAAUGAAAGCGUUCGCCUGUUUGUGGAAACUGUUGAGGUCACGUGCCAAUUAGUCAACCAUUAAAAUGUUCAUUUGAACAUUUUAAUAAUUUAUAAUUGUAUGAUGUAUUUGAGUAUUAUAUAUAGCGUUUUCUCUCUGCUGACCAAUUCCAAGCUGCUAUGCCAUUUCUGAGUUUUACCACCACAUGUGUAUGAACAUGUCUUACAAACAGUCAUUGAAUUGUGAGCUGUCAUACUUUUGGUGUCCUGGGAAAUGUUACACGUCUAAUGUAAUAAUCAAACAGUUUGUGUUCGUUGAGAUGUUAUGGUUUGAUAUGAGGCUUCACAGAUGUGGACCGCCCAUGAAAGUUUCAUUUUUAGUCUUAAUGCCCAGCUUUCACACACACACACACACACACGCACACACACACACACACGCACACACACACACGCACACGCACACACACUCAAAGACUGCUUUCUUCCAUGUGUGUGUGUGUGUGUGUGUAUGCCUGCCGCUGAAAAUGCACUUUGAUUUGAGAUUCAGCCUUUGACCUAAACAACAUGCUGCAGCUGAUCACCAGUCCAUUCAGUUGUUGUUGUUGUUGUUAUUAGCAUUAGUGACGAGUACAUGCUUUAACACACACACACACACACUUUUGACCCUUAGAUCUUUGCCCACAUACAUAUCUGACCCCUCUCAGAAUUUACUCAGAGGGUUUUAAAUUAAUCUAGUGAAAUGUAAUGACAAAUAAAACUAGUCAACAGUGCAGUCUGCACUAUGAAUAUUAUGCUGAGUGCAGCACGUUAACACCUCAUACCUGAACCAGAAAACUCGCCUUAGGAAUCCUUUACAGUAACGGAUGAAUUGAUCUUUGUCCGAGUUGUGAUUGACUGGUAUCUGUGACGAGUGAUGUGGAUUCUGUUGGAUGAACUUACUAGUCUUCCAGACGCCCACUGGACAUCCUUACUGAGCUAAUAUCUUAUUAUCUAUAGCGGCGUUUGUUUUUAAUUUCAGUAUUCGAGGCUGUAUGGUUCAAUAUUAACACUGAAUGAAACAGUCGUGGCAUGACACUGUGUAGUGGCGGGUUGGUCUGACUUUGCCUUUACAAUUUGCUGUUCAGUUUGUUAGUAAACAUGUGACAUUUUUAAACAAUUAUCUUUUUAGCUGCUAAAACAAAACUAACUCUUUAAGACUUUUUUGCUUUUGUGCUAGAUAUGAUAAUGAUUUUAUGACUCAGAUUAUGAAAACUGUAUUUUUCUAUGCUGUCUGUGUUUCUACACUGAUGUGAGUCUGGGAGAGCAUGGUGUAAUAAUAACAUCUGUAGUCAAUCUAAACACAAGGUAACAAACAUUUUUAAGGUAACACACUCAACUUAAAAAUAAACCA